CGCGACUUUUUUUAGCCUUUUGCUUGCAUAUAGGAAAACGAAAAGCAAGUAUUUUAAAUGAAUUAUAAAUAACGAUGAAAUCAAGCGAAACAAUUAAUCUGGUUCUAAGAGCAUUUAUGUGUCAAAUCUCUUGACCUGAAUUCUGAUUUUGAAUUGACCUCCUCCGUUGCUCGAGGAUUUGAAUAAGAAAUUCAUGGUCCCCAUCGAUUGAACCAGUCAGCGCUUGUCGAUAGGAUCUAAGUAUUAGUAAAGUACAUACUCAUUGGGAAACGUAUUUGCUUGUCAUUACCCAGUGAUCGACUCGAACAAAUUUAUUCUUUAUUAAAGCUUCAAUCAUGUAGGUUCGCGCAGACCUCUAACAACGUCAAUCUUGACUAAAAGUCUGAGUUGCAGUAGGAAUUACAGCACAAGUGCUUCAUUGCAGUAAAUUAAUUACGUAGAUGUCAGUAUAAGCGUUCGUCGAAUAUCGUCCAAAGUUUAGGACUGAACUCGGAAUUUCUGCAAGUUUUCAAUUCAUUGGUCUGUUGUGCCAGUUUAUACUUGGCAAACAUUUCUAAUUUUGCCCGCUAACGAGAAGCGUGAAAUAUAGCGUGGAUCGGAUAAGAUGAAUGCGAAGGUGCUAGUUUUCGCGCUCGCACGUGAAAUUUAUUUUCCGACACCUGUGUCUUCGUCACAGUGUCGUUCGAAACCGUGUUUGAUUAAUCGACUCUACGAGAAUAAAAUAUCUUGAAAUUGGUAUUGUUGUAAAGUUUUGUGUUUAUUCUUGAUAAAAUUAAGCAGUUGUAAGAAGGUGUAUUUAUUCGUCGGAUGACUUAUCGAUGUAUCAAGAGUGUACGAAAAAUUCCAAGCAAAUUUUUUUAUCUGUAUAACAGGGUCAAGUUGUCACUUCUCAUAUGUCAUCCAGGCAGUCAAACCUUCAAAAAAAAGGUGUCUGAAUAUAGCAGAUAAAGAGUAAUGGAUGUUCAAGCAAGGCAUGCCUUGAUACUUUAUUACACUUUGCUGGUUCGAAAAGUCUUUGGUUCAAUAGUACUGCUGUAAUAAUCUUAUAAUUGAUGUUCAAUAUUAGCUCUGCCUUAUGAGAAUAUGAGAAAAGUUAUAAAAUUUAUGAGUUUGUUGCAUAAACUAGUAGAUGAUUCGUUUUACAACUUACCAGUACGAAACGCAAUCAUGCGCUUUUAAUUCAGUACACAUUAAAUAUGUGAUCUUUUUUAUAAAACGUUUAAAAAACAGCUGUAAAACACAUACAAUAUGUAAAAUGGGUUUUGAUUAACAAAUAUGGAUAUGUACAUUGUACAUUGCAUAACAUGAAAUAACAAUCAGUUCAUCAUAAUUAGCUUUCAUUUGUCUUCACUUUAAAUCAAAGUUAUAGUCCUCGAACGCAUGAGCUUGAUAAUUAGAUCAAGCAUUUUCUUUUUCUUUUGUUAGCAAACGCGAGUUUCUGAAUCCAAUUUAAACUUCUGUAGUACUAAAUUACACGAAACUUUUACUCUUAAACAAUGUGAUUAAAGUUUGCGUUGCAUGCGAGAAAUCGCUUGUAAACAUUUUUCUACUCCUCGCUGUAUUUAAACUUUGCAUUGAGCAGUUGUAACUGUUAUAACGAUACGUCAUUAACCAUUUGACGUUAUAGAGUUCGAAGAGUUAGAAAUCAGCCGUAGUAGUGCCGAGUCUGAAAUUUUCGCUUUUCUAAUCUCUCAUUAAACUGCCGAAAUUUGCUGUCAUUGGCAUACUAGUAUAAAAAUGUGAAAAGCAAACAGCGGUAUAUAUACUAACAAGGACAAAUGAUUAUCUUCUUUUAUUUGAUUUAUGAUAAAUGCCCACUGUGUAUUUCAACCUUGCUGAACAAUAUUCUCAGAACCAGACGUUUUAUUUUUCGAAGGAAUGCCAUAUUAUUGAACGUUUUCUUACACUAUUAUCGAUCAUAAUGGCCCAUUGUUUGAUGAUAAAAUUAUAUAAGUGCAUUAAACAUGAACAAAGUUUAUAAUUUGCUCAUGAUUAUUUACCGUUUUAAUAAUAAAGCUGGUAUAAAUACCUUGUAGUUCAUAAAACGAAGUCAGUAGCUAUUCACAUCAGUCGGUAUCGGUAGAGCAAACAAUUCCUUCAAGAUGAGAGGGUUAUUAUUAAUCAUUUGUGCUAUAUCGGCAGCGCAAGGAAAUCCCGUAUCUUCAUCAAAUGAACAAGGUGUAAAUUAUAAAAAACAAGCUGAAACAUUAUUAAAGAACAUAGAAACUAUACAAAAAGAUAUGAAAGAAGUUGUAGAACAAGGGAAGGUUGUACAUGAAGAAUUACAUGAAUCAAGAAACAAAAUUUUCACCGUCAUAAAUGAAAACCCAUUAGUACUGGAAAUGAAGGAAACGCUAUUGAAAUCUGAAAACCAAGAAAAGGUUGAAGAGUGUCAACAACAAUUGGAUAAUAAACUUUACUGGCUUGGUGUCAAUCUCAGACAACAUUUAACAGAUGAUGUUGAAAGUAAUUUAAAAGCUCUGGAAUUAACGAACUUGAUUAUGGAUUCGGAGUUGGAAGAGAUGAAACGUGACCUUAAAAAUAACCUUGAAAACAAUCAAGAUCCAUGCACGAAGGGUGAUACAAGCUGCGACACAAUUGGAACAUACGUAGACAAAAUAGAAGAAGGCUUACAAAUUGUUGACUUAAUUAAAACACAAAUACCCAAUUUGAUUAACAAUGUCUUAGAUUACCUUGCGACUGCGGUAGUGCCCAAAGAAAUCCCAGAGAUACUGGAAUCAGUCGAUAAGUGUAUGAAAUAAAAGUGAUACGAGUACCUUGUUCUAAGGAUUAAGUGUGAUUUUUAGUAAAUUUUAGUUAAUAAAUAACAUUUUUAUAAGAUUGA